AGAUACUCCCAUGUGCAGUAGGAUUUUUCUCAUUUAGCUAUUUCGCUCAUCACUCACUGCAGGUACCAUUAAGAAGACCUCGACUGCACAGAUGAUCGAGACAGACGAGCUGGUGGCAGGGGCGGUAGGUGUUUUGUUCGGAGUCGAGAAGGUUGCAUGUACAAAUUUGUUGCAUGUACAUGCCACCGUUUUCGACAGCAUAAUAUGAUGAGAUACGGGGAUACGUUAUGGGCGGUUUCCUGUGCUUGCUAUCCGUUUGAUUUUCUGAUCAAUUCAUGUCUCCUUUUGUGUAUCCAUUGUCUAACUUGCUUUACAUCGCUCAUAGUUCUCGAUGCGUGGAUCAGAAUAUUUCUUCGGAGAACGUGGAAUAUGAUCGCCGUGGUGAUGCUCAAGGCAAAAAACCUCUUCUGGAUGGUAUCUUGUUAUGCAGGUAACACGUUUUGAUGCAACCGGAGCUGCAACUCUCGCGACCACACGAUGAUAAGAUUAUAUGCCAAAUGUGUCCACGGGAUACUGCAUCGCCUGGAUCCCCCAUCUUAUAAAGGACCCAUAGCUGAGCGAACUAUCGCCAUCAACCAGUAUGACGAUUUUGCAAGUGUCUCAAGCUGACGUGCUCUUGUGGUCAAAGUACUAUUAUGGUGCGGGUGUCGUUCAUCAAAUUAGUUGCUUUCGUUGAUCUAUGUUCCUUAUCCUGAUAGCUGCAUUAACAUCGCUUUGG